AAAAAUGAGGUAUCUAAUUUAUUCCCCAGUCACCCGCCCCUUUCCCUAGUCAGCCUACCCCCCGUGCUUGACGCACGGGCACCUACGGUGGAAAGGAAAGCACGGGGGGUCGGUCUCUAGACCCUACCCGAGUAGCUAAUCGAGGCUCUCACAGGCAUGGGGCGCAAUGCUCUUCUUCCUCCUGCUGAAUGCCGCGCCAGCCAUGAACCAUCCCAGCGCUAACGAUGACAACUCACCGCGUAAGAAAUGGCUCGAGAUAGAUAGUCAGAUCCUCAACGCCCUCUUCUGCGUCACAGGCUUUGGCCUCGCCCCAUGGCGCUUCCGCGACUGGUACUUUUACACCCGCGCUGUCUGCUGGAAGAAUGUUCCUGCCAUGCAGAGGCUAGCCGAGCAGAACAAGGCUUGGUUUCGACCUCCUGCCUGGGCAACUGAACCGAACCCGACUGACUCGGCUACUGAUCUUCCUCGCUCAACCACGUUUACUGGCGAGAAGGCGCCCCCGACACCGCUUUGGAAAUUGGGAUUCACUAUCUAUAUGAUGGUUCUGAAUACAUUCCUGCAAGCUGUUUUGUGUUACUUCAUGUGGGGGUAUAACCGUUUUGAUCGUCCCAGCUGGGCUACUGGUACUUUUAUCGGCCUUGGCUGCGGUACAGGAUUGUUGGCUGGUCUGAUGUCGUGGUGGGAGGGGCGCAAAGUCAAGAAGAUUGAGGGACCCGAGGUCAAAGUUGUGACUGUAUGAAGAGAUCAUAGUGCGCAAGGUCUAUCCCAAGUCUCAUAAAAUCUAAUUUUAUAUGGUACCUCUAAAGGUCAAUGCAAAUCCCUGAGCUGGGACCCAGC